AUGUUCAAAAUUAUUUUAAUCACUGUUACACUUGUUACGCUUGUCAGUGCUGGUGGCAAUCCCGAGGAUGUGCAUGCAACGAUUAUCAAAUAUGAGAACGAAUUGAAUCCUGAUGGCAGCUACAACUUCGAAUAUGCCACUUCAAACCAAAUACAAGCACUAGAGUCUGGCGUUGGCAGCUCCUACGCUUCAGGUUCAUAUGCUUAUCUAUCGCCAGAAGGACAACCCAUUCAAUUGCAAUACACUGCGGAUGAAAAUGGAUAUCAACCAAUUGGUGAACAUUUGCCAACACCGCCACCAAUUCCAGACUACAUUUUAAAAUCACUCAGAUACAUUGAACAGCAUCCGUUCGAUAAGAUUGUUCUCACUAAAAAAUAA